AUGGCGACGACACACACGGAGGCCACGGAUGAAGACACGUCCACGGCUGAGAUCGUCCUCACCCUGACGGUGUCCGGCCUCGAGUGCAUCACCGGCGUCCUGGGGAACGGCCUCAUCACGGCCCUCCUCGGGGCCCAGUGGGCAAGCGGCAAACGCCCCCCGGUCGGCGACCACAUUCUGCUCCUGCUGAGCUGCUCCAGGCUCGUGCUGCAGAUCUGGAUGAUGCUGGAGAGUGUUUACAGCCUCCUCCUCCGGGUCACUUACAGCAGGAACGCCGUGUACGUGCUCUUCAAGGUCGUUCUCAUGUUCCUGAACUUCUUCAACCUCUGGCUGGCCGCCUGGCUCAACGUCUUCUACUGUGUGAGAAUCGCCAACUUCACCCAACCCUGGUUCUCCGUGAUGAGGCGGAAAAUCGGGGCGCUGAUGCCCUGGUUCCUGGGGCUGUCCCUGCUCGUCUCCCUGGGCUGCAGCUUCACCUUCGCUAGCGACACCUUCUACGUGUACGUCAACACUUCCACUCCCAUCCCCGCCGGGAGCAGCAACACCACUGAGCAGCCCGACCUCUCUGAGGCCCACGUGUACUUCUCUGACACCAACGUGGCCAACCUGGUCCUCCAGCUCCUCCUGGGGGUCUCCGUGCCUCUGGCCAUGUUCAUCCUCUCGGCCGCCCUGCUGAUCGCCUCCCUCAGGCGACAUGCACUCCGCAUGCAGAGCCGCGCCACGGGCUCCGGGGACCCCAGCGCAGAGGCCCACGUGGGGGCCAUCAAGGCCCUCAGCUCCUUUCUCGCGCUCUACAUUCUCCACGCCGCGGCGCUCUUUCUGUCCAUGUCCAACAUCUUCGGCGCCAACGGCCCCUGGAGCGCCUUGUGCAAAGUGGUCGUGGCUGCCUACCCCGCUGGCCACUCAGUGCUGCUGAUCCUGAGCAACCCUGGGCUGCGGAGGGCCUGGAAGCAGCUUCGGCACCAGCUUCAUCUCCAGCUGAAAGGGCAGCCCCUGUGA